ACUCUCGGCAGCCGAGGCUGAUCUUCAUGAGCAUGACAACCCAAAAUAGGGCGGACGAGCCCGACCGGACCCUUUUCGUGGGCAAUCUGGAGAGUCGCGUGAAGGAGGAGAUUCUCUACGAGCUUUUCUUGCAGGCUGGACCGGUAUCCAAAGUCACUGUAUGCAAGGACAAAGAUGGAAACCCCAAGAGUUUUGGAUUUGUCUGCUUUAAACACACAGAGUCAGUGCCUUAUGCUAUGGCUUUGCUGAAUGGGAUUCGUUUAUAUGGAAGACCAAUUAAAGUUCAAUAUCGGUUCGGAAGUACUCACUGUCUAGAGUUAAGCAGCCCUUCCCAGAAUAUGGAUGGUGAGGUACAGGCAUCAACCUACAGGUAUGCAGAAUCUUAUUGUGAUACUCCAUUACCUGUUAGUCCUUGUCAAGUGAAUAAUAAUCCACAUCAGAUUUAUUCUGCCAUUCAGAGCAUGAUGACAUGUUUGACACAACAGUAUGUUCCAUACAUUCCAGUGGAACAGCCAUUUCUUUACCCACAGAUGACAUCUUCACAAUUUCCAAGUAUUCCAGUGUCAUCCUACAUGAAUACUGGGCAAGAUUCUUUUGAAAGUGUCUACUCAGAAGCAAAAACCCACAGUCAAUAUCUUAUUACAAAAAAUACUCCCAAACGUAAAAGAACUCUGGAAGUUAGGGACGAUGGUAGCAAUGAAAAUAGUAGAAAAAAAUGUAGGAAAAAAUGAGUAAAAAUGUAAACGGAUAAGUUAUUAAAUGACUAUAGGAUUGUAUUUCUUUAUAAAUAAAUGUAUUAUUAAAUAAAAGGAUAUGCCAAACAUGUAUGUA